ACCUGUUCUGACCUGCUGAGCAGGUUCCCAGGUUUCUGCCGUCGUUGUUGGCCACGGCGUGGGAAGCAGCUCUGGGGGAGCUCGGAGCUCCCAAUCACGGCUUCUUGGGGAUAGCUCCGGCUGGGUGGGCAGACCGGGGCCGGGUCCCCUAGUGGAGACCCAGGUGCGUGAGGCAGAGACUCUGCGGCUUCCUGCCUUCCCAGUCGGUGCCUUACCCAGCUGGAGAGCCGGCUCCCAGGGAGAACUCGGUGGAACUUCAGAGACGCUGGGCAGGUCUGCCUUUCAGCCAAUGCCCCUGUCCCUGGGAGCCGAGAUGUGGGGGCCUGAGGCCUGGCUGCUGCUGCUGCUGCUGGCAUCGUUUACAGGCCGGUGCCCCGCGGGCGAGCUGGAGACCUCGGACCUGGUGACGGUGGUGCUGGGCCAGGACGCCAAGCUGCCUUGCGUCUACCGAGGGGACCCCGACGAGCAGGUGGGGCAGGUGGCAUGGGCGCGGGUGGACGCGGGCGAGGGCGCCCAGGAGCUGGCGCUCCUGCACUCCAAGUACGGGCUGCACGUGAGCUCGGCCUACGAGGGCCGCGUGGAGCAGCCGCCGCCGCCCCGCGACCCCCUGGACGGCUCGGUGCUCCUGCGCAACGCGGUGCAGGCGGACGAGGGCGAGUACGAGUGCCGGGUCAGCACCUUCCCCGCCGGCAGCUUCCAGGCGCGGCUGCGGCUCCGAGUGCUGGUGCCUCCCCUGCCCUCACUGAAUCCUGGUCCAGCACUAGAAGAGGGCCAGGGCCUGACACUGGCGGCUUCCUGCACAGCCGAGGGCAGCCCGGCCCCCAGCGUGACCUGGGACACAGAGGUCAAAGGCACAUCGUCCAGCCGCUCCUUCGCUCACUCCCGCUCUGCUGCUGUCACUUCCGAGUUCCACCUGGUGCCCAGCCGCAGCAUGAACGGGCAGCCACUCACCUGUGUGGUGUCCCAUCCUGGCCUGCUCCAGGACCAAAGGAUCACCCACAUCCUCCAAGUGGCUUUCCUUGCCGAGGCCUCAGUGAGGGGCCUUGAAGACCAGAAACUAUGGCAUGUUGGCAGAGAAGGAGCCACGCUCAAGUGCCUAAGUGAAGGGCAGCCCCCUCCUUCGUACAACUGGACACGGCUGGAUGGGCCUCUGCCCAACGGGGUGCGAGCAGAAGGAGACACACUGGGCUUCCCCCGCCUGACCAGUGAGCUCAGUGGUGUCUACGUCUGCCGUGUCAGCAAUGAAUUCUCCUCAAGAGAUUCUCAGGUCACUGUGGAGGUUCUUGACCCUCAGGAAGACUCAGGGAAGCAGGUGGACCUAGUGUCGGCCUCGGUGGUGGUGGUGGGUGUGAUCGCCGCGCUCUUGUUCUGCCUUCUGGUGGUGGUGGUGGUGCUCAUGUCCCGAUACCAUCGGCGCAAGGCCCAGCAGAUGACCCAGAAAUUUGAGGAGGAGCUGACCCUGACCAGGGAGAACUCCAUCCGAAGGCUGCAUUCCCAUCACUCAGACCCCAGGAGCCAGCCGGAGGAGAGUGUAGGGCUGAGAGCCGAGGGCCACCCUGAUAGUCUCAAGGACAACAGUAGCUGCUCUGUGAUGAGUGAAGAGCCAGAGGGCCGCAGCUACUCCACGCUGACCACCGUGAGGGAGAUCGAGACGCAGACUGAACUGCUGUCUCCAGGCUCUGGCCGGGUGGAGGACGAGGAAGACCGGGAUGAAGGCAUCAAACAGGCCAUGAAUCAUUUUGUUCAGGAGAAUGGGACUCUGAGGGCCAAGCCCACAGGCAAUGGCAUCUACAUCAACGGGCGGGGGCACUUGGUCUGACCCAGGCUUGCCUCUCUCCCCAGGCCUGACUCCUUCUGCUGACAUGGGGGAUUUUAGCUCCUGUGGGGGGCCUCCUUAAACGCACCCGUUUCUUGAGGAAGAGGCUCCCCGCCCACUGACUGCUCCAUCUUUUCCUCCAACCUCUCUGUUCAUCGGGAGGGCUCCACUGAGUCCCUCCACCGUGUGUGCGGGUCACUGUGUGUGUGCUGACUGUGUGUGCCCAGAAGGGCGAGCGACUGUCUAUGUGGUACGUAUGUGCUGUCAUGUCAGAGUCCAGGUGAACCGUGGCAGGUGUGCCACAGGAACUGGUGGCCGGGGACGCUGCCAGGUAUGGUGUGUGUGUCGUGUGACCGUGUGUGACCCCUGCCUGUCAAGGCAGGUAUUUUCUCAGACCCCAGAGCAGUAUUAAUGAUGCAGAGGUUGGAGGCACAGGUGGGGACAGCGGGCAGAUCCAGGCGUGCGGGCGUAGCCGGAGCUGGCGUCUGGCGGCCGGAGUGAGGGAGCUGGUCUCCCGCCACUUGGGAGCUGCCCGCAGGUGUGGAGCAGUUGGCCCAGGGGUCUGCCAGAGGCCUGAACUGUUACAGAAGAAGCCCUCUGCCCUCUGGUGGCCUCUGGGCCUGCUGCACAUACAUGUUUUCUGUAAAUAAACCUGCACACGGGAGCUUCUUGCAGGAAUACUGCUCCAAAUCGUUUUUUCUUUCUGUUUCCUCUUUUUUUCUUGCCCUGUCUCACAGUUGUAUUUUUUAUUUAUUUUUAUUUUUUUAGAGAUGGGGUCUCACUAUGUUGCCCAGGCUGGCCUUUAACUCCUGGGCUCAAGCGAUCCUCCUGCCUCAGCUUUCCUAGUAUCUGGGACUAUAGACUUGCGCCACCAUACCUGGCUUGAAUCCUUUAAUAAGAGAAAAAA